AUGGAUCCACUGUCAAUCGCGGCAGCGAUCAUCACUUGCGUGCAGAUUGCGAAUAACUUAAAGCAGAAUGUAGAGAAGGUUGGCCAGAAUCGGAGGCGCAUGCUGCACCUGGCGGAAGAGGUUGUGCAGAGCCUAUCCGAGCUGCAGUCCUUCUGCGCCGAUUACACGGCUGACCUCGAGGUCUCCAGGGAUCUGAAGAAAGCUGUAAAGCAACUUGAGUCAGAGUGCUGUGACCCUCCUCAACGAAAUCGGGGAUAUUUCUCCAAGCCAAAGGCAUAUUUCAAGAUGUGGCAAAAGUCUGGGAAAAUAGAAGAAGACAUCGAGCACAUCAGGGAUGCUAUCCGUUCGUCAAUAUCCAGGUUGACGCUACUCACCUCUGCUAGAAUCGAAAUACUGGCGCGCCGGCUCGAAUCGAGAACGGCCAGGACGGAGCAAUUCCUGGCGUCCCAAAUGAUGCAGAGCUUACAGUUGCAUCAAUUCGAUGCCCUGUUUGGAUCCAUGAUGAUCAAUACGAACGCUUGUCGUCCCAUGAUUCCGUCAUUAUCCGACACGAUGCCGGACGAGAUUGACCAUAACUACCUCCUCUAUAAAAUCCAAACUAUAAUGGAACGGCAUAGCUCACUGGACCUAUCAACACUCCCUUUGCCUCCACAGGAUGCGUCGGGUAACAGAGGCUCAAUGAUUCAGAGAGAGUUCGCUUGCGCUCUAGGCCAGCCAUCCAUGCAUGAAGUCCUCAGUCAGACGUGGUCUGUCUUUCGUUUCCUCGACGACCUAUCUGCAGUACAAUCCCAGAGCACCCAUUACUUCUCCGCGUUGAUCCUGCUUGGCUGCAACCUCGCUAGAUUCGGCUACACCGAUAGUGCCGUCCUCGUGCACUCAGCCACCUCAGAGCUGCUGGGUCGCUGGCACACUAUACCCGGAGGGGAGGUGUAUGUCCCCUACCUUGGGCUGACCCUCUCCGCCUUAACCUGGUCUCUCGCCUUGGAGAAAGAUGUCCCUGAUCCCCAUAUCGGCCACCAAGCUAUUCGCCUCCUCUCUGCAUCAUCCUAUCACGAUGCACCUUCUUUGUGUGGUUACAUCUUCGCUCUGAGGGUGCUUGUGUACUGCUCUUUCGGCAGCGGUCAGUACGAAGAAACUUUGCGCUACACGAGGCGGGCGCUAGAAGUCAUGUACUCGGCGAACAUGAAGGUCAUCCCCGAAGCCCCUACAACGAUAUCUUGGGUGGUAUUCUGGGGCGUGUCCCCAGAUAACUCCCUUCCAAUUGCUGUCGAACGCGAUGCAUGGAUAACUCAGUCGGCCGGCUUCUUCCUCUAUUGGGCCGCCAAUGCUCUAUCAUCUCUUGGUCGGUGGGAAGAGGCCUUGACUGCGGCUAACGAUGCAAUGAAUAUACUGGCGGCCCUUCGUGAUGGAUAUGAUGAAACAAUCUUGAAGAUGAACCUACUCCAGCAUUAUGUUGACGAUCUUGUCCAGGAAAUUCCAAGAUGGGAAUUGAAUCGGGACACCAACGCUGGACCACCUAUUCAGACCGUUUGA